AUGCUGGUUACCUAUUUGGAAGCCAGCCGGGACCUUUGCGAGACGGACUCAAUUCUUUUUGGCGCCGCACUGGCAGUCUGCCGUAUUAUAGGUGCCAAACUUUCCACGGCUGGACGCACUACUGGACAAAGUAGUGCUAUCCCAGCCUGGAGAAUAAGAAUUGAAGAACGUAUCGCAAAGGCUAGGGCCCUCAUCGGCAGACUGAUAUGCUUCAGGUCAGGCAAUACCAGGCCAAGGAUUGUGCGCACCGUCAGGAUGGCGUUUGCUGGGACAAAUGUUAGUUUGUCCCAGCCGGAUAUAAUGCAAAAACUGACGGAGCGCAUAGACGACCUGAAGCAAAGAAUAGCUGCUUGGGGAAAGCGGAUUCGGCGAUAUACCGAGAGGUCGACACGGUUCAACCAGAAUCGUUUCUUCCAGAGUGAUCAGAAGAGGUUCUAUAAAUCAUUGGAGCGACCAAUAGUAAGUGGAACGGGCCCUGCAACAAAUCAGGCCGACAUGGUCGCAUUCUGGCGCAGCCUGUGGCCAGAGCCCGUAAACCACAACGAGGGCCCUUGGACGGAAGUUGUGGCGAGUCAGUGUGCGAGUAUUACGCCCAUGGACCCCGUCAUCAUAACGCCGGAUGACGUAGCUGAGGCGGUCCGUAGGGCCCCCGAACUGGAAAAGUCCGGGGCUUGA